GAGAAAGGGAGAGGGGAGCGGAGGGAGGGGAGGAAACUGCCCCUCGCCCGCCCCGCCGGGGAAACCCCCCACCGCGGCCGUGUCCCGGGGCUGCCCGGGGCCGCGGGGCGGGCAGGGAGCGCGGCCCCGCCGCUGCCCGCCGUGUCGGAAGGGACCCACCGGGGCGGGAGGCGGCUCGGCUCGGCUUCCCCCCCCCCUCCGCUUCCCCCCCCUUCUUUUUUUUUUUUCUUUUUUUUUUUUUUAUGCAAACGCCGGGCGAGGAUUGUUGCACAUUGUUGCAAAAGCAAAGAGCAAUAAAAAACACGGCGAAAGCGGCGGGAGCGCGGGGCGGCGGCGGCGGCCGGCGGUGCCGCUUGGGGAGCGGCGGAGGCUGGCGGCGGACCCCGGCGCUCAGAGCCCGGCUGAUUGGAAGAGAAAACGCAGCGCCAUGGAGGCGGGGGAAAGCGCGAUCGUCUCUGCGGGGACUGGAGCGCGUCCACGCCCGGGGCCAGCGCUGCAGAGCUGGCCGCCGUUCAACCGCCGCUUCCCCGCCCCGGCCCCGCCGAGCGAGCCCCGGCCCCGCCGAGCCGCGGCCCCCCAAAGCCGCGGGCCCGCAGGUACGUGCCUGCGCCGGGGGAGCCGUGCCGCGCCGUGCCGCGCCGCCCGGGCUCGCCAUUCGCCGCCGCGCCGCUCCGCCGGCGGGGCUGGAGGAGGCGCUUUGUUCCUCCCCGGGCUCCCGCUGCCGCCGCCGCGCACCGGGCUCGAGCCGAGCGGGAGUGAUCUCGGGUAGCGCGCGAGGGAGCCGGCGGGGACCGUCCUGGGCGCAGGCAGGUGGAGGAUGAACGGCGAAGCCGAGUGCCCUGCAGACUUGGAAAUGACAGCUCCCAAAAACCAAGACCGCUGGUCUCAGGAGGACAUGCUGACUCUGUUGGAGUGCAUGAAGAAUAACCUGCCCUCCAACGACGGGAGCAAGUUCAAAACCACCGAGUCCCACCUGGACUGGGAGAAAGUGGCUUUCAAGGACUUCUCGGGGGAGAUGUGCAAGAUGAAGUGGAUGGAGAUUUCUAACGAGGUGAGGAAGUUUCGGACCCUCACAGAGCUCAUUAUGGACGCCGAAGAGCACGUGAAGAAUCCUUACAAGGGCAAAAAGCUCAAGAAACACCCCGAUUUCCCCAAGAAGCCCCUGACUCCCUAUUUCCGCUUCUUCAUGGAGAAGCGGGCCAAAUACGCCAAGCUUCACCCCGAAAUGAGCAACCUGGAUCUCACCAAGAUCCUGUCCAAGAAAUACAAGGAGCUUCCCGAGAAGAAAAAGAUGAAAUACAUCCAGGACUUCCAGCGAGAGAAGCAGGAGUUUGAGAGGAACCUGGCAAGGUUCAGGGAAGAUCACCCGGAUCUCAUCCAGAACGCCAAGAAAUCCGACGUCCCUGAAAAACCCAAGACCCCCCAGCAGCUGUGGUACAACCACGAGAAGAAGAUCUACUUGAAAGUGCGUCCAGAUGCCACCACGAAGGAGGUGAAAGAGUCGCUGGGCAAGCAGUGGUCUCAACUCUCGGAUAAAAAGAGGCUGAAAUGGAUUCAUAAGGCCCUGGAACAGCGGAAGGAGUACGAGGAGAUCAUGCGUGACUACAUCCAGAAGCACCCCGAGCUGAACAUCAGCGAGGAGGGCAUCACCCGCUCCACCCUCACCAAGGCUGAGCGCCAGCUCAAGGAUAAAUUUGAUGGACGACCCACAAAGCCACCUCCGAAUAGCUACUCCCUGUACUGCGCAGAGCUGAUGGCCAACAUGAAAGAUGUGCCCAGCACUGAGCGGAUGGUGCUGUGCAGCCAGCAGUGGAAACUGCUCUCCCAGAAGGAAAAGGACGCAUACCACAAAAAAUGUGAUCAGAAAAAGAAAGACUACGAGAUUGAGCUCCUCCGCUUCCUGGAGAGCCUGCCCGAGGAGGAGCAGCAGCGGGUGCUAGGUGAGGAGAAGAUGCUGGGCAGCAACCGGAAAGGGGCAACGAGUCCCGCAUCCAAAAAGUCCUCACCAGAGACCGGCAAGGCCAGCUCAGAGAAGCCCAAACGGCCCAUCUCUGCCAUGUUCAUCUUCUCGGAGGAGAAGCGGAAGCAGCUGCAGGAGGAACGGCCGGAGCUGUCAGAGAGCGAGCUGACCCGGCUCCUGGCCCGCAUGUGGAAUGACCUCUCCGAGAAGAAGAAGGCCAAGUACAAAGCGCGGGAAGCGGCGAUGAAGGCGCAGUCGGAGAAGAAGCACGGCUCAGAUAAAGAGGAACGCGGGAAGCUGCCCGAGUCUCCCAAAACAGCCGAGGAGAUCUGGCAACAGAGUGUCAUCGGAGACUACCUGGCUCGUUUCAAGAACGACCGGGGAAAGGCGCUGAAGGCCAUGGAAGCCACUUGGAACAACAUGGAGAAGAAGGAGAAGCUGAUGUGGAUCAAGAAAGCGGCGGAGGAUCAGAAGCGAUACGAGAGGGAGCUGAGCGAGAUGCGGGCCCCUCCGUGCUCCACCAACUCCGCCAAGAAAAUGAAGUUCCAGGGAGAACCGAAGAAACCCCCCAUGAACGGUUACCAGAAGUUCUCCCAGGAGCUGCUGUCGAACGGGGAGCUGAACCACCUCCCGCUGAAGGAGCGGAUGGUGGAGAUCGGCAGCCGCUGGCAGCGCAUCUCCCAGGGCCAGAAGGACCACUACAAAAAGCUGGCGGAGGAGCAGCAGAAACAGUACAAGGUGCACCUCGACAUCUGGCUCAAGAGCCUCUCGCCCCAGGAGCGGGCUGCCUACAAGGAGCACACUUCCAACAAACGCAAGAGCAUAGGGAAGAUACGGGGCCCCAACCCCAAGAUGAAGCCGACGAUGCAGUCCAAGUCGGAGUCAGAGGAUGACGACGAGGAGGAAGAGGAGGAGGAAGAUGAUGAUGAAGACGAGGACGACGACGAUGACAACGGCGACUCAUCAGAGGAAGGCGGCGACUCCUCGGAGUCCAGCAGCGAGGAGGAGAGCGAGGACGGGGACGAGAACGACGAGGAUGACGAGGAUGAGGAUGAUGAGGAUGAGGAUGACAACGACUCGGAGGGCAGCAGCAGUUCCUCCUCCUCCUCGGGGGACUCCUCCGACUCCGACUCCAACUGAUCCGGCCAAGCUCUUAGUAACGGCGUUUGGUUUCUCGGUUUUGGUCCCAAAUCCCCGCCCCCAGCCCCCCAAAACCCCUUCCUCCUCUUCCUCCUGCCCCUCCUGGCGAGCCGCAGGCCCCCGUGGGACCCCCCAACCCAGGGAGCGGGGGCCGGAGGGACCCCUCUGCCGAGCUCACACUACGGGGGGGGGAGCCAGGGGCCGCUCCCGCCCUGGGCUGGGGGGGGGAGAGGGUGAGCCCCCCCGUCCCUCCCACCCCCCCUUACUCACCCCUUACCGAGGGAGGGGAAACGAUUUAUUUCUUUUUUUUUUUGUUGGUUUUUUUUUUGAGAUUUCAUUAUUUUUGGGGGGUCGCCCCGUCCUUGCCCCCUUCACGCCCUCGCUACCAGCUCCGGACUUUAUAGAAAGAAAACAAAAACAGGAAAAAAAAAAAAUCCCCCCCCCCUUUUUUUUUUCUUAAAAAAAAAACACAAAUGGAAAAAAAAACCCACCACCCCCCCGCAGCCCCUCCCGUCCCGCCCCAGGCAGCUGGCGCGGAGCAUGAGCCGAGUUGCUCAGGACUCAGCCGUUGGGACGAUGUCUCUUCCCCCCCAACUCCCCUCUCUGCGCACCCCCCAGCGUCUCGGGGAGCCCCCGACCCCCCAAAAAACCCCUUGUACAGUCUGGAAGCUGCACCGGGAGCUCACCGGGACCUCCGCAUCCACGGCACUUGGGAGCGCCGGCCACGGACCGUGACCACCCGGCGUGUCCCCGGGGGGGGGUGGGGGUGGAUGGGGGGGGGGGAACGACGUGUGUGUGCGUGUGUGUGUGUGCGCGUGAGCGUGUGUGCCGGGGUGGGGGGCACGCGCGGCUCCCCCCUGCUCAGCGUGACCAACGGGGGGGGGGGCGCGGGGGUGCUGCCGGAGCACCCCCCUGUGUUGUCGGUGGUUGUUGUGCCGUUGUAUUUUAUUUUAUUCUUUUUUUUUGUUUUUCCUUUUUAUAAAACAAGAAAGAUCCAUCUUUUAUUUUUUCUUCCCCCCCCAUUUCCCCCCCCCCCAUUUAUCCCCCCAUCUCUGGUGAAGCCGCUCCUCUCCCUUCGCCCCAGCGCUCCCCUCCUCCCAGUUGCCCCAGUUACCCCCAGUUUGCUCCCCACCUGGGGGGGGGGUCUUGCCCCCUCCCCCCCAGCCAUGCUGUAAAUAUUGGUGCGGUUUGGGUUUAUUUGGGGGGGGGGGGGUGAUGCCCCCUUCCCUCCCUGGGAGGGGGAUGGGGCUGCGGGGACCGGGGUGGGGGUGCAUGGGGGGGGCCUGGCGGCGCCUGUCUGGGGCCCCCCCCAUUUUUUUAAGCAGACACGAGCACCAGCAAUCCCAUGGCACCUCCCUGCAGGGUUCCCGUCCCCCCACCCCAUUCCCCCCCCCAAAAAAUGCCCGAUUCAGUUGGGGACCCCUCCAGACCUCUACUCUGUGGAGGGGGGGCACAAGGUUUGUCCCUUCGGGUCCCCCCCCCCACCCUGUCCCCGGAGAGGAGCUGGGCUGGGGGACAGGAUUUGGGGGGGCCCCAGGGAAGGGGUUGGGGGGCGUCUUCCCCCCCCCGCCCAGGCUGGGGAGGGGAGGCCGGGGGGGGCUUUUUCUCUCGUGCUUUAAUUCAGCCAUUUUUGUCUUCACCCCCAUCUCAGCUCAGCGGGUGGCUGGGAGGGGGCGGGGGGGGGCGAGCUGCAGGUUUGGGGUUUUUCUGGCUGCAAGGGGGGCCCCCCCAGGUUUGCUGCUCUCAGCACCCCAAAUCCAGCCCCCCCCAAAGACCUUGAGUCACCCCAAAACACAACUGGGGACCCCCUCAAUGGGGGGGACAGGCGACACCCCCGUCACAGCCUCUCGCCUCACGUUGGGCUGAAAAAACACCGUUUUGGGGAAACUGACCCCAAACCCGGGGGGGGGUGAACCUGGGUGCCCCCGCACGGACAAUCCCCCCAUGUCCCCCCCCGGGACCGGGGCCCCGAAGAACCCGGCCGGGGGUGGGUGUGUGUGUGUGCGCACGUGUGUGUGUGUGUGUGUGUGUCCCCCGUGUCUGUCUGUCCCUCUGUCUCCUUCCCCCCCCCCCCCUUUCCAUUUGGGAUUUUCCUUUAAUUUUCUCCCCAAUUUUUAAUUCCCCCCCCAAUCCCCGACAGGGAAUCCCAUCCCUUUUCUGCUGAAUGUACCCAGCACCGUUCGUGUUUUAGUGGAUGUGUUUUUAGUACAAAAAAAAGACAAAAAAAACCCUUUUUUUUUCUGUUUUAAAAAAAAUAAUAAUAAAAAAAUAAUAAAAAUGAAAAAUUCUUACAGCGCCGACAAUUGGGGGAAAAGGCGUUUGCGCUGCAAGAGAAUUGAACCUGAGUGCAUUUUGGCACUGCCACAAAAACCCGGGAUCCUUUAGAUGGAAGUUCUUGUGAAUUACAUUAAAAAAAAAAAAUACAAAAAAAAAAUCAUCUUUUUUUUCUAAUAUUUAAAGAGUGUUUUUGUAGGUUUAAAAAAAAGACAAAAAAAAAUUAAAAAAAAAAAUAAUCCCAACUUGGAAUUUGUACGGCUGAGCGGGAUGCGGGGGCCUCGCAUCUGCGGUGUCCCGGUUUGCUUGGGUUUCGGUUCUUAUUUUUUGUUGGUUUUUUUUGAGGUUUUUUUUUUUGUUGGUUUUCUUUUUUUUUUUUUGUAUAAUAAAGUGAAAAAUAAUGUUUCUGUUCUCAUGUCAUUACUAUAAAAAAUAAAACUU